CCCAGUUGUCGCCGAAGCUCUGCGGUAAAACCCUAUUUCCCCAUUUUUCUGAUAAGUUUUCCAAUUUCCUUUGUGUGUUGAAAACGGGUGUCUCCUCUGUUUGGUUUCCAAGAAAAGAAAGGAAAAUUGAAAAAGAACCGAAAGGGUCUAAAUGCAAACUUUCUUUUUUCUUUUUCUGAAAUGGCACCAAAGCAGCCAAAUACAGGCCUCUUCGUGGGAUUGAACAAAGGCCAUGUGGUCACCAAGAAGGAAUUGGCUCCACGCCCCUCUGAUCGCAAAGGAAAAACCAGUAAGAGGGUCCAUUUCGUAAGAAGCUUGAUCCGUGAAGUCGCGGGUUUUGCACCAUAUGAGAAGAGAAUUACUGAGCUUCUGAAGGUUGGGAAGGACAAGCGUGCACUGAAAGUGGCUAAGAGAAAGCUUGGUACCCACAAGAGGGCAAAGAAGAAGCGUGAGGAGAUGUCCAACGUUCUCCGCAAGAUGAGAGCUGGUGGAGGCGGAGAGAAGAAGAAAUGAGACGGUUCUUUUUUCUUUUUUGCAAGUUGUAGGUUACUGCUUAGAAGCGAGCUUGUUAGAAUGUGUUAUCCAAUCUAUGCAAUGUUCGAGUCAGGAACUUUAAGGCCG